AUGAGUGCGCCGCCAGAGUACUGCGAGACCGUUGACGAAACCAUUGUGGCAAACUCGAAGGAUGAGAUGCCGCCCGUCUACGUCAUGGACGUCAACAAUCUGACGUGGCAACAAUCGUUCCCGCCCACGUACGACGAGGAGGAGCGGCAGUUCGAGGAGCCGUUGGCCAGCAUUGAAGCCGAGAUAGACCGUGAGUGGACUUUAAAUUGCAGAAAACAUGUAACUGUUGGAUUCCAGGCGACGAGACCCGUUCGUACCGUUGCGGACCAUGCUUUCUCUCGGAGACCAAAUCGUUCCUCCUCUGUUUCUUCGCAGUCUUCCUCGGUCUCCUCAUCCUGCUUCCGACGCUCUUCUUCGUAACGGUUUUCUCGAAGGAUCAGGAUCCGAACAUUGCGCCCAGCAUGUGAUUGAUAUGAUGACAUAACUGACUUCUUAUGAACCGCUUCCCCCUUUUUGAUCUCUUCUGAUAGUAUUAUGAGCCUAUAAAUAGGUUUUCACCCCCAGUGAAUAAACGAAUUUACACGUUGAUAAAGUUUGUGUGCUUCCCGGUUGUUUUACAAAGAAAAACGAUUGCAAAAGGGGACUGCGCAAUCGGCAAUCCAUCAAUCCAGACGCCGAGGAUAUGCGUCGUACCUGGGAAAAAACACGUUCUACCUGUUUGGAUGGCGCCGUUUAAAAGAAGCGUCACGCAUCCAGAAGUGUUUCAUUUCCUCAAAAACACUUUCUUCCCGGUCCAAUCUCCACUCAUUUUUUCCCCUUUCAGUAUGAACGGAACUCUGCUCUCACUGCUCGUUUCCCUCUGCAUCGUCACAAUGGUUUCCGCGCGUUUCUCGUGCGGACACGACAAUCUGCAGUCCGGAUUCGCCGAGCUUAUCAUCAAGAACGACUGCAAAGGAAGGCUCAGUGAGUUGGCGGAGGAUUACGGUAGCUGUCAGUUUGAUUAAUUUCAGACAAGGUCGAUGUGUGUUGCAACCUGCACACCCAGUGCUACGCCAAGAAGACCCCCAGAAACACUUGCGACGAGAGCUUCUGCAAGUGCGCCAAAAAGGCCGCCAAGGGACUCGCCCUCUGCAACGUAAGCGAAUUAAACUUGAAUUACCGCCAACGCGACUCAAAAGCGUUGCGGCGAUACGGAGCUUCGUGGUUUUUUGUUAGGUUCAAACUUUUUCAAGCUUUUUCGGCAUGAGUCAUUAUGAUGUAAACUAACAAAGAGACACGAAAAGCACACACGAAACUGCCAUAUUUUGAAAAAAGCUGUUUUGGCAGUAACCGCUACACAUUUCUGGGAGUUUCUCGUUGCUGCUUGCAAGUUUCAAUCAUAAAAAUGAAUGAGUACUCUUUGAACAGCACGCAUUAGAAGUUUUGCCGCGCGGAAAAAGGCCUGGGGUAGCGUGCCGCGAAAUAAGCAGCCGAACUUUCUUCCUCUCUCCGCUGCGCUGUCAAAAUCACUGUCUUGCAAUAAUUCAAACGUUUAUCGGCUUUUGUUUUCAGCUCCAAAUGGACAACUUCUGCAACACCGCCAAAAGCUUCGGAGGAAUGCACUUCAAGGGAUAA